AAACUCACACUUAUAAGUUCUUGUUUCAUCGAAUAUUGAGCAAUAAUUGGGGCCUUGGGGGAUAAAUGGAUUGAGUCAAUUAUAUAACUGAGCGCACAUGGAAACAUCAAUCAAAUUCCAUAUUCUUUACCUACAAAGAAACAACCAACCAAACAGCUCAUUGCUUCUCUUAUCUAUUUUCUAUUCAUUUCUCGACCGUCACAGAAAAAACCAAACAGUUUACUAUUUCUUUCACUCUUUUUAGUUUUUAUUAAAGAAAACGUUCCUAGAAUGAAUUGUAUUAUUUGAAAAAUACUACCUUUUGAACUGUAAUCUUUGAACCAACAUAUUAUAUCCAUUUCUCCAAGAAAAACAAAAUACAAUAUCACAACUUAAAUCGGCUGCACUAUUCUUUCCAACUGUUUAUUUUUCUUUAUUUUUCAACUAAGAUCUCAGUUGGCUUUACAGAGAUUAAUGUGAUAGUAUAGUACUUUUAUUUACCAACUACAAAGAAUUGGAACAAUUCGAAAAUGAUUAAGUGUUGGUGUUAAUCAAACUGUAAAGUGCUAGUUACACAGUUGGCCUUACAUGCAUCCAUGUGUAUAUAUAACUCACAGUCACAACACAUCAGAACACACCACAAAAUACUAAACAUAUAAUCUCUUUGUGCUUUCUCAAGAACCACUUAGAGAUAAAUCAAUGGAGGCAAUGAAGAUGAGACUCUUUGUGGCGGUUUUGGUGGCGGCGAUGGCUUUUUCUACUGUGCAACAGGUUGCCGCGGUGGAGGCUCCCGCUCCGAGUCCUACCUCCGACGCUUCUUUGUCCAUCCCGGCUUUCUUCGCCUCUGUAGCCACUUUGGCCUUUGGGUUUCUCUUCUAGACAAAUUUGUUUUUGUCUUUUUGAUGUGAUAAAAACCAUAUUCUUGAUUUUUUUUUUGUUUUUCUUUCUUAUGUACUGUUCUAAGAUUUUCCACAUUUGAAUAUCAAUAAAAAUAUCUCUAUCACUUUUUUUAA